CUUCAUUUUAGGCAAUGUUGAUGCUAAACUUGGUCAUAGUUUUCUUCCAUAUUUGUGUUCGUAAUGCCAUGGGAUCAACGUUUUCCGAGAUAGAAGACCCUGACACCGACAGUAAAGCUGAUGACCCAUUCCUAGUGGCCGUGUUUAAGGCAGAUGCAUUAUAUGACUCGGACAGCGAAAAUGAUAGAAAACCCAUCAGUCAUUUUGAAUGGGAUGACUUUGAUUAUAAGGAUUACAAUAACAACUUCAAAAGUAAAGUCUCCAACUCAAGUUCUAAAUCUCGACACAACGUGGUAGUGGAUAAGCCCAAAAAGUUACAAGAGAAAGCGGCUCCUGCCGUUUCCUCUGUUAGCCAAGCCGCCCAAGCAGAUUCUUCCAUUGAUGAUUCUGAUGUUGAGUCGGACUACUCAGAUAGUUCUAGUACGUUGGAUGAGGAAGUGGUAAACUCCAGCGAUGAUGUCGAUGUUGAAGGAGUCAGCUCCAGCGAUGAAAAAUAUUACGCCAGCCAAGCACUAAAAAUAAAACCGGAUGUCACCAAGGUGGCAAGUCACGUGGAAGAUCACGACUACGCCGCCAAGCCGCCAAUGCUCAGCACCCAAACUGUCCACUCACCUCAAGCUAAAACAACAGCAAGAUCAGUUCAAGAACCUGCAAGUUGGUCCUCAACGUAUGUCAACAGUCCUAGAAGACGCGCCCCAACAGUCAAUCCGCCUAAAGCUAAAACAAAAGCAAGAUCAGCUGAAGCCUCUGCAAGUUUGUCUCGAGCACGUGCUCUGAAAACAAGAGAAGUCUACAAAGCCUUCUUCGGGAGCCCUGUUAGAAAUGCCAGGAAUUCCAAGCCUUCUGCCUAUGCCACUUCCGCUAAGCCCAAGCCAGGAACAGCUGCCCACAAAAAAGAAAGUCCCCCCAUUGGAACCAAAAAACGAGGAAGGCCGCCAAAACGAGUGCUUCCAGAAUGUCACGCAGCCAAGACAAGUUUGACAAAGAAAACGAAGCCGAAUACUAAGCCAAACGUCAGCAUCCUUCCGUUCACCAAUCCACUCGCCAACGAGUCUGUAGUAGAAUCCACAGCAAUGCGAUCUCCUGAUGAAGCUCAUCUGUACGUCCCGACAAGAAGUCUGAUGGAAGAUAAACAAAAGAGACUGAACGACAUGGAGAGGAGAAGACGGAGGAAUCUUAAGGAAGCAUUUUUGUCCCUCAAAGAUCUUGUGCCGAGCCUUGCUUCAGUGCAGAAUGCACCGAUUCAGCAAAUCCUCAAGCAUGCUGUAACAUUCAUUGAACAGCUGAAUCGUCGGGAAGCCCUGCAGCAAAAAGAGAUUGAAUCUCUCAUGAUUAAAAAAAAAAAAUUGAAUCAGCACCAGAAGUACCUAUUACUGAACCAAUAAAACACCCAUUUUUUUCCGGCUAAUUAGCAGUAUAAUAAACACACGUUUUAUUAGUAUAAGUAGUAGUAUUAGUAAAAUUUUAGUCGAUUUAAUUGCCAGUCAUCGUGCGCUACAAAAAUAUAGAUAAAACUGAAAAGCUAAUAGCAGUACUAGGUAUAUGUUACGGGCAAAGUGCUAAAUGCAGACAUUUUAUAUGACUGGCGUUUUCAAGCAAAUUAUAAAAUGAUGCUUUGAAAUGAUGCAAAGUAUAAGGUGUCUUAUUUAGAAAUAUAUUUAUUAAAAAAAUAAAAAAGUGGUUUCUUGAUACUAAAAAUACAUUUUUAAAACUCUAUGCCUUUAGAGUAGAGAAAGUGCGCUUUCAAUUUUUAAAAAACUAUUUUAAAAGUAGUAAUACACGUUAGUAAAUAGAAGUUUGUUUCAUUUUAUUUCUAACUAGUCAACACUGAGAAAUUUUAAGAUGCAGACACAUUUCGUAUAAUAACCGUGUAAAACUGUCUACAGACAACUGACAUAGGUCAACAUCAGUCUUUUAUAAUAUUUUUGUAGGAUGGUCAUCAUUUUAAAAUUUUUUUUGCUUUUUUUUUUUUAAA